AUGGCCUCGAACAAGACUUACACUCUCUCAAACGGCGUCAAAAUCCCAGCUCUGGGGUUUGGCACCUUCGCUAACGAGGGCGCUAAGGGCGAAACCUACAUCGCAGUGACCAAGGCCCUCGAAGUCGGUUACAGGAGCCUGGACUGCGCAUGGUUUUACAAGAAUGAGGCAGAAAUUGGCGAGGCGCUGCGCGACUUCCUUACCAGCCACCCCGAUGUCAAGCGCGAAGAUAUUUUCAUCUGCACAAAGGUCUGGAACCACCUACACGAGCCUGAAGACGUGAGGUGGAGCGCCGAGGAUUCCCGCAAAAAGCUCGGCGUCGACUAUAUCGACCUGUUCCUUAUGCACUGGCCGAUUGCCGCUGAGAAAAAUGAGGACUACAGCGUCAAGAUUGGUCCAGAUGGCAAAUACGUCAUCAACAAAGAGUUGACAGCAAACCCUGAACCCACCUGGAGAGCUAUGGAACGCCUCGUUGAAGAUGGUAUCGUGAGGUCGAUCGGUGUAUCGAAUUUCACGGUCCCAGGCCUGCAACAACUACUCAAGUUCGCGCACAUCAAACCAGUCGCCAACCAGAUUGAGAUCCAUCCUUUCCUGCCCAACACUGAGCUGGUUGACUUCUGCUUCAAGAAUGCCAUCAUGCCCGUGGCAUACUCUCCUCUCGGCUCGCAGGAUCAGGUGCCGACCACCGGGGAGCGCGUGCGAGACAAUCCUACUCUAAAGGCGGUUGCGGAGAAGACUGGCCACACACUUGCGCAGGUGCUUCUAGCCUGGGGCAUGCGACGAGGAUACGUGGUGUUGCCCAAGAGCUCAAACCCCGCAAGAAUCGAGAGCAACUUCCAGGUGCCAGAGCUAAAGGAAGAUGAUUUCAAGGCAAUCGAGGCUGUGGCAAAGGGCCGACAUUUCCGAUUUGUCAAUAUGAAAGACACGUUCGGAUACGAUGUUUGGGCAGAUGAGGCUGUUUCGGCGUAG